AUGAUUUAUCCCAAAACUUUUCGGAGCAUCAUUGCGCUUUCAACUGUAGCUGUAGCCGCCCAAGCUAAUGAAGUGAGCCAGCAUGAAUCAAUUAAUGGAGCCAAGCGCGACAAGGCUGGACGAUACAUUGAUACAACGGACGUGUACGGAACUACCUCUACGAGUAUGUCAGCCCCGUCUGCAUACGUUCCUGCUGCUACCGCGAAAACCCAGACGGGUGCAAAGCUUCGUAAGGUUACAUCUCCGGAUAGCGCAGGCGGUAAGUUUUCUUACGCUAGCCCGACCAACGCUGUGUCAGCGGGGAAUUCUAGAUACGUCACCGUCGUCGGCCAUUCUUCGUCGCCAAAAACUAUAAACGUCAAGGAUGACAAGAAAAACAAGAAGAGUGCCAAGACCAAUGCAGAUUUGGCACAUCUUGUCCACAAGAACAACGACAAGAAGAGCAACGAUAAUAUUGUGCGUACUGACAGAGACCACAGCAUGAAUCCGUCUCGUAGCGCUUAUAUUGCGCCGAUUACUAAAGCCCUGAAGACACCCGCGCCGUAUGCUCCAGCUUUGAAGACACUUGCAUUAAUUACUAAGACCUUAAAAGCACCUGCACUGAUUAGUUCGGGUCCGACUGCAGGUGAGCCCGUCACUCCGGCCCCAACAGUAGUUGGCUCAGCCACUUCAACUCCGACGACAGGUGAGUCAGUCACUCCAGCUUUGGUGACGGAAGAGUCAGGAACACCAGAUCCGGCAAUGGAGGAGCCGGAAACGCAAUUCUCGGACUAUGUUGAUGCAUACGCUCCAUUCCCGUCGACAGAUGAGUCAGCCACACCAGCCCCGACAACAGAUGACUCAGUCACCCCAGCGUCAACUGCAGGCGAGUCAGUCACCACAGCCUCAAUUACAGGCGAGCCAGUCACUCCGGCUCCAAUUGCAAGCGAGUCAGACAUUCCAGCCCCAUCAGUAGUCGGUUCAGUCGCUUCGAAUCCGGCUGCAGUCGAGUCAGUCACCCCGGCCUCAAUUGCAGGCAAGCCAGUCACUCCGGCCUCGGUAGAAAGUGAGCCAGUCACUGCGGCUCCCACUGCAGGUGAGCCAGUCACUCCAACCUCGUUGACGGACGAGCCUGUCACUCCGGCCCCGACGGCAAGUGAGCCCGUCACUCCGGCCCCAACAGUUGUUGGCUCAGCCACUUCAACUCCGACGACAGGUGAGUCAGUCACUCCAGCUUUGGUGACGGAAGAGUCGGGAACACCAGAUCCGGCAAUGGAGGAGCCGGAAACGCAAUUCUCGGACUAUGUUGAUGCAUACGCUCCAUUCCCGUCGACAGAUGAGUCAGCCACACCAGCCCCGACAACAGAUGACUCAGUCAUCCCAGCGUCAACUGCAGGCGAGUCAGUCACCACAGCCUCAAUUACAGGCGAGCCAGUCACUCAGGCUCCAAUUGCAGGCGAGUCAGACAUUCCAGCCCCAUCAGUAGUCGGUUCAGUCGCUUCGAAUCCGGCUGCAGUCGAGUCAGUCACCCCGGCCUCAAUUGCAGGCAAGCCAGUCACUCCGGCCUCGGCAGAAAGUGAGCCAGUCACUGCGGCUCCGACUGCAGGUGAGCCAGUCACUCCAACCUCGUUGACGGACGAGCCUGUCACUCCGGCCCCGACGGCAAGUGAGCCCGUCACUCCGGCCCCAACAGUUGUUGGCUCAGCCACUUCAACUCCGACGACAGGUGAGUCAGUCACUCCAGCUUUGGUGACGGAAGAGUCGGGAACACCAGAUCCGGCAAUGGAGGAGCCGGAAACGCAAUUCUCGGACUAUGUUGAUGCAUACGCUCCAUUCCCGUCGACAGAUGAGUCAGCCACACCAGCCCCGACAACAGAUGACUCAGUCACCCCAGCGUCAACUGCAGGCGAGUCAGUCACCACAGCCUCAAUUACAGGCGAGCCAGUCACUCCGGCUCCAAUUGCAGGCGAGUCAGACAUUCCAGCCCCAUCAGUAGUCGGUUCAGUCGCUUCGAAUCCGGCUGCAGUUGAGUCAGUCACCCCGGCCUCAAUUGCAGGCAAGCCAGUCACUCCGGCCUCGGCAGAAAGUGAGCCAGUCACUGCGGCUCCCACUGCAGGUGAGCCAGUCACUCCAACCUCGUUGACGGACGAGCCAGUCACUCCGGCCCCGACGGCAAGUGAGCCCGUCACUCCGGCCCCAACAGUUGUUGGCUCAGCCACUUCAACUCCGACGACAGGUGAGUCAGUCACUCCAGCUUUGGUGACGGAAGAGUCGGGAACACCAGAUCUGGCAAUGGAGGAGCCGGAAACGCAAUUCUCGGACUAUGUUGAUGCAUACGCUCCAUUCCCGUCGACAGAUGAGUCAGCCACACCAGCCCCGACAACAGAUGACUCAGUCACCCCAGCGUCAACUGCAGGCGAGUCAGUCACCACAGCCUCAAUUACAGGCGAGCCAGUCACUCCGGCUCCAAUUGCAGGCGAGUCAGACAUUCCAGCUCCAUCAGUAGUCGGUUCAGUCGCUUCGAAUCCGGCUGCAGUCGAGUCAGUCACCCCGGCCUCAAUUGCAGGCAAGCCAGUCACUCCGGCCUCGGCAGAAAGUGAGCCAGUCACUGCGGCUCCCACUGCAGGUGAGCCAGUCACUCCAACCUCGUUGACGGACGAGCCUGUCACUCCGGCCCCGACGGCAAGUGAGCCCGUCACUCCGGCCCCAACAGUUGUUGGCUCAGCCACUUCAACUCCGACGACAGGUGAGUCAGUCACUCCAGCUUUGGUGACGGAAGAGUCGGGAACACCAGAUCCGGCAAUGGAGGAGCCGGAAACGCAAUUCUCGGACUAUGUUGAUGCAUACGCUCCAUUCCCGUCGACAGAUGAGUCAGCCACACCAGCCCCGACAACAGAUGACUCAGUCACCCCAGCGUCAACUGCAGGCGAGUCAGUCACCACAGCCUCAAUUACAGGCGAGCCAGUCACUCCGGCUCCAAUUGCAGGCGAGUCAGACAUUCCAGCCCCAUCAGUAGUCGGUUCAGUCGCUUCGAAUCCGGCUGCAGUCGAGUCAGUCACCCCGGCCUCAAUUGCAGGCAAGCCAGUCACUCCGGCCUCGGUAGAAAGUGAGCCAGUCACUGCGGCUCCCACUGCAGGUGAGCCAGUCACUCCAACCUCGUUGACGGACGAGCCUGUCACUCCGGCCCCGACGGCAAGUGAGCCCGUCACUCCGGCCCCAACAGUUGUUGGCUCAGCCACUUCAACUCCGACGACAGGUGAGUCAGUCACUCCAGCUUUGGUGACGGAAGAGUCGGGAACACCAGAUCCGGCAAUGGAGGAGCCGGAAACGCAAUUCUCGGACUAUGUUGAUGCAUACGCUCCAUUCCCGUCGACAGAUGAGUCAGCCACACCAGCCCCGACAACAGAUGACUCAGUCACCCCAGCGUCAACUGCAGGCGAGUCAGUCACCACAGCCUCAAUUACAGGCGAGCCAGUCACUCCGGCUCCAAUUGCAGGCGAGUCAGACAUUCCAGCCCCAUCAGUAGUCGGUUCAGUCGCUUCGAAUCCGGCUGCAGUCGAGUCAGUCACCCCGGCCUCAAUUGCAGGCAAGCCAGUCACUCCGGCCUCGGUAGAAAGUGAGCCAGUCACUGCGGCUCCCACUGCAGGUGAGCCAGUCACUCCAACCUCGUUGACGGACGAGCCUGUCACUCCGGCCCCGACGGCAAGUGAGCCCGUCACUCCGGCCCCAACAGUUGUUGGCUCAGCCACUUCAACUCCGACGACAGGUGAGUCAGUCACUCCAGCUUUGGUGACGGAAGAGUCGGGAACACCAGAUCUGGCAAUGGAGGAGCCGGAAACGCAAUUCUCGGACUAUGUUGAUGCAUACGCUCCAUUCCCGUCGACAGAUGAGUCAGCCACACCAGCCCCGACAACAGAUGACUCAGUCACCCCAGCGUCAACUGCAGGCGAGUCAGUCACCACAGCCUCAAUUACAGGCGAGCCAGUCACUCCGGCUCCAAUUGCAGGCGAGUCAGACAUUCCAGCCCCAUCAGUAGUCGGUUCAGUCGCUUCGAAUCCGGCUGCAGUCGAGUCAGUCACCCCGGCCUCAAUUGCAGGCAAGCCAGUCACUCCGGCCUCGGUAGAAAGUGAGCCAGUCACUGCGGCUCCCACUGCAGGUGAGCCAGUCACUCCAACCUCGUUGACGGACGAGCCUGUCACUCCGGCCCCGACGGCAAGUGAGCCCGUCACUCCGGCCCCAACAGUUGUUGGCUCAGCCACUUCAACUCCGACGACAGGUGAGUCAGUCACUCCAGCUUUGGUGACGGAAGAGUCGGGAACACCAGAUCUGGCAAUGGAGGAGCCGGAAACGCAAUUCUCGGACUAUGUUGAUGCAUACGCUCCAUUCCCGUCGACAGAUGAGUCAGCCACACCAGCCCCGACAACAGAUGACUCAGUCACCCCAGCGUCAACUGCAGGCGAGUCAGUCACCACAGCCUCAAUUACAGGCGAGCCAGUCACUCCGGCUCCAAUUGCAGGCGAGUCAGACAUUCCAGCCCCAUCAGUAGUCGGUUCAGUCGCUUCGAAUCCGGCUGCAGUCGAGUCAGUCACCCCGGCCUCAAUUGCAGGCAAGCCAGUCACUCCGGCCUCGGUAGAAAGUGAGCCAGUCACUGCGGCUCCCACUGCAGGUGAGCCAGUCACUCCAACCUCGUUGACGGACGAGCCUGUCACUCCGGCCCCGACGGCAAGUGAGCCCGUCACUCCGGCCCCAACAGUUGUUGGCUCAGCCACUUCAACUCCGACGACAGGUGAGUCAGUCACUCCAGCUUUGGUGACGGAAGAGUCGGGAACACCAGAUCUGGCAAUGGAGGAGCCGGAAACGCAAUUCUCGGACUAUGUUGAUGCAUACGCUCCAUUCCCGUCGACAGAUGAGUCAGCCACACCAGCCCCGACAACAGAUGACUCAGUCAUCCCAGCGUCAACUGCAGGCGAGUCAGUCACCACAGCCUCAAUUACAGGCGAGCCAGUCACUCCGGCUCCAAUUGCAGGCGAGUCAGACAUUCCAGCCCCAUCAGUAGUCGGUUCAGUCGCUUCGAAUCCGGCUGCAGUCGAGUCAGUCACCCCGGCCUCAAUUGCAGGCAAGCCAGUCACUCCGGCCUCGGUAGAAAGUGAGCCAGUCACUGCGGCUCCCACUGCAGGUGAGCCAGUCACUCCAACCUCGUUGACGGACGAGCCUGUCACUCCGGCCCCGACGGCAAGUGAGCCCGUCACUCCGGCCCCGACGGCAAGUGAGCCCGUCACUCCGGCCCCAACAGUUGUUGGCUCAGCCACUUCAACUCCGACGACAGGUGAGUCAGUCACUCCAGCUUUGGUGACGGAAGAGUCGGGAACACCAGAUCCGGCAAUGGAGGAGCCGGAAACGCAAUUCUCGGACUAUGUUGAUGCAUACGCUCCAUUCCCGUCGACAGAUGACUCAGCCACACCAGCCCCGACAACAGAUGACUCAGUCACCCCAGCGUCAACUGCAGGCGAGUCAGUCACCACAGCCUCAAUUACAGGCGAGCCAGUCACUCCGGCUCCAAUUGCAGGCGAGUCAGACAUUUCAGCCCCAUCAGUAGUCGGUUCAGUCGCUUCGAAUCCGGCUGCAGUCGAGUCAGUCACCCCGGCCUCAAUUGCAGGCAAGCCAGUCACUCCGGCCUCGGUAGAAAGUGAGCCAGUCACUGCGGCUCCCACUGCAGGUGAGCCAGUCACUCCAACCUCGUUGACGGACGAGCCUGUCACUCCGGCCCCGACGGCAAGUGAGCCCGUCACUCCGGCCCCAACAGUAGUUGGCUCAGCCACUUCAACUCCGACGACAGGUGAGUCAGUCACUCCAGCCUUUGAAGGCAAGCCAGACACCCCGGUACUAUCGAUAUUAAAACCACCCACGCCAGCCCCGACAUCAGUCGCGCCAAGCCUUCCGGUCUCGACGAAGAAUGUGCCCACUACUAGAAUUCCAACAACUACUGCACCGUGCCCUCCAGCCUCGAAAAAAGGCAGCCAGACGCCUACAGUGAAACCCGUUGUUAAACCAAGCAUCAAACCGUACUCGGAGUAA